GCGGCGCGGUCAGCCGUCGCGCUACCGUAAGGUCGCGCAGUCGGCGGUUGCUAUGGAGAUGCGCGCUGCGUAGGCGGAUAGCUGUAGCGGAGAGCCUCCGGAUCGGAACGUGGUUGUGAAGCAGAGUUCGUCUCCACCAUGAGCGGCCGCAGUAGAGGUAGAAAGUCCUCCCGCGCCAAAAGCCGGGGCAAAGGCCGCGCCAAAGCCCGAGUCCGCGCUGUUCCCGACAUCGCCUCGCGCGACCCGGAUCCUCCACAGUGCCAGAGCCCCGGUGAAGACACCCAGGUGGCACAGGUGCAAGCUAGCGCGAGGGGGGGUGGCUCGAAGGCUGCUGCUCCUGCGCAGCCCCUGCAGCUUGGGGACGAGGACCUGGACCCCUGCCGGCUGCCCUUGGACUGCGGCCUCGCUCUAAGGGCUCAGGCCGCGGGGGAGCGCGCCUUGGCUGCCACGAGGCCCGGCCCAGGAAGGGCCUUGUCUUGCUCAGAGCGCCUGGCCGCAGACACCGUAUUCGUGGGUUCUGUGGGAACUGUGGCGAGGCCGAAACUUGGUCCCUGCGCUGGAACCCGGUGUGGCUCUGCUGGGAAGAAGGUGCCAGAAAAAAGCUGUAGCUCGGAGGGGAGGGCGUCCCAGGCCCUAGAUGGUGGAAAGCCGAAGAAAGGGCCUACUGAGGAGUGCACCCCCAUCCCAGGGGAGGAGGAAAGGAAGGUGGCGGAGACGCAUUCGAGUUCUGGGCCCGUGGCGCCGGCAGGCAACAUGGACACCCUAGAGACCGUCCAGCUUAAGCUGGAGACCAUGAACGCGCAGGCCGACCGGGCCUACCUCAGGCUCUCGCGCAAGUUUGGGCAACUGCGACUGUACCACUUGGAGCGCCGGAAUACCCUCAUCCAGAACAUCCCGGGCUUUUGGGGGCUAGCUUUCCAAAACCACCCCCAGCUCUCAUCUUUUCUCAACAGCCAAGAUAAAGAGGUACUAAGCUAUUUGAAUAGAUUGGAAGUGGAGGAACUCGGCCUCGCUAGAUUGGGCUACAAAAUCAAGUUCUAUUUUGGCCGUAAUCCCUAUUUCCAAAAUAAAGUGCUCAUCAAGGAAUAUGGCUGUGGUCCUUCUGGUCAGGUGAUUUCUCGUUCUACUCCAAUCCAGUGGCUCCCAGGACAUGAUCUGCACUCCGUAUGUCAGGGAAACCCAGAAAAAAAACGAAGUUUCUUUGGGUGGUUUGUGAACCACACCUCUAUUGAGUCUGACAAGAUUGUCGAGAUAAUCAACGAGGAACUAUGGCCCAAUCCCCUGCAGUAUUACCUUCUGAGUGAAGGAGCCCGUGGAGAGAAAGGAAAGGAAGGCAGGCCAGGUACAGCAAAGCAGCCUGUGGAGACCCCUCAGCCUGAGGUGAAACCACCUAAAUGAUCCUGUGCAAGUCUCCUUACCUCCUGCGGGACCUAUUCCUGGCUUCUCGUGUGCUUGGCUGCCAGUGUUCUCUUCAUCUUGACCUCCAUGUGCUGUAGUCCAUUUGGACUUUAGCUACAAGAAUAUGGAACUUAUGAUCAUGUUCUUUUGCCUCUUUGUGGCCUUCCUGUUUUUUUUACAAUAGUGAUCUUACCCUGCUGUUUUUAUGCUAAGCACUUACACUUCAGAUGUGUGCUGCCUAUCUGUGCAUUGCUAGGGCCCUGUUCUUGGCUCUGGCCUUUCCCACUUGUCUUUAACAUGAACAUUCACAAAUCAUUCUUCAGGAGGAUCAGAGCAUCCCCAAGCUCUGCUACUUCGUGGCCAGUGACUUGCUGGGCUUCAAGUUCAUGCUGGGCAUGCACAUUAUCAAUUACUGUUACCACUGCAAAAUGAAGCCAGUGCAUGCAAUUAGCCAGACUUUAUUGCUGUAUGGGUCUGGGAGCACCAGCCAAGGUGCCACUUACCUUAUCUCUAGCUUUGGCCAACAGAAUGGCCCUUGACCGCCGGGCACCAAUGGGCAGUAUGCCAUGUAUUCUCUACCAUCAUGUGUGUUUUCUUGCCUCAAUGUGUCUACUGAUGAACCUUUAGUGUUUGUCUAUGCCUGGUGACUGUCAGACCUCUAAGUUUAGUCCAGUUUGCUAUCAGCUCUAGUUGUCUUCCUGGUCACAAGGACCUCAGGAACUGCCUGUGGACUCCAGCGCCCUGCCAACGCGUGAGAAACACCUGCCCUCAGACUCCAGGAACCCUACUGGCUGAGACUGAUGGGCGGGUUGGUAUGUGUGGACAUGAUUAUUGUCUUUAUGCUGUGGCUCCAGGUCAGGGUGGGACCUGGACCCCACCUUUGUCAACUGAAUAACUUUGUCAACUUCCCUUAUUUCCUCUGUAAGAUAUGACCAGGGUGCCCUAGUGGAGGUAAUGUGGAAGAGGUGUUUCUCAUCUGUGGACUGCUGUCUACUUGAUUAUAUCUCACAUGUCCAUAAGUACUUCUUUGAUUUCCAGGCCUCCUAUUCCACGCUCCCUCUUUCCACCACCUGCCUUUCCUUCCCUGCCCCUUUUCUUUCUUCCUUUUUGAUUUUUUUUUUGAUUUUUGAAAAUAGUACCACAGCUCAGGCAGAGAAAAGGGUUUUCUACAUAUAGAGCCAAGGAUACAGCUGGGGAUCUCUAUGCACACUCACAUACAAGGCUGACAUAGAAUCAGGGAAAACAGAAGGCCAAGUGGGUCUGUGGUCAGAUUCUGGUCCUCACACCUGGGGCUCACUGUACAGUUCUGAUGUUGAAAACCCAAGGCAACUGUGUUGUAGACUAGUGUCGACUCUUUGUGUGUGUGUGUGUAGGUGGUGGGGCAGCACUCAGGGUUAAGCCUGAGGCGUGCAUAUGCACUGAGUUACAGCCCUGCUCUUUAAAAAAAAAAAGUUUAUAGUUUUGUGGGGUUGUGGUUUGUUUUUACUAUUUUUUGUUUUGUUUUUUGGUGACAAUAUCUCACUAGGUUGCUCAGUUGCUGAGGCUGGGCUUAGGUUUGCAGGCCUCCUGCUUCUGCCUCCCACACUGCUGGGAUUACAGUCUGUUCUUGUUCUGCCUAAUGUUUGUAUUUCUCACAACCAGGGGCUUCUUGCUGUCUCCUCCUUUGUAGUAGUUUCAGCUGUCUGGAUCAUCUUGACAGUCCUUUGCUCUAUAUCUUCAGAUGCCUGCAGAAGUAGGUAUUUGUCUCCACUGUAUCCAGGUGCACUUAGGGUAUGGGAAUCUGUUCUGGACCUUCAGGUUAUUUCCAAUAGCUGAGCAAGCUGAGCAAGCUGAGCCUGGGCCCACCCUGCACAGGCUUGUCUCUGUCCUCUUUCCUCCUCGUCCUUGAGGGUGGAAAGGAGGAUUAGGUCUACAGUUGCACUCCCCCGGCUUCCUUUAUCUUAGAAUAGACCUCAUUCUAAGCUUUGUGAGGGAGUCUUUGAUUAAGAGUUUCAGUAAAACAGGUCCAGGCAGGGAAAUUAGAGUAAAUAUGGAGACAGGUCUGAUUCUAGUAUGGGAUGGCCUGGCAAAAUGACAAAUGGCUUGAGAAGGUGCAGGGAGAACAUGAUUAUCUCAGUCAUACAAGGAAAAAAAAAAGCCUUUCUCAGGGUCAGGAAGGGAGAAUUAAAGGGGUUGUUGAUGAGUAGGAUGCAUAGGUGAGGGUGAAUCUAGAAUUUUGACCAAUCUGCCUCUCAUAAUUAGUGGAUUUUUUGCAUCACUGAGCCAAAAAAAAAUAAGGUUCACUUUUGGAUGCUUCCUCUUUUUUUUUUUUUUUUUUUU